UCGUCCUGAUCUCCUCUCUCCCUCAGCUAAGCUUCAUCAGCGUCAGGUUGCUGUUUUCGGGCUUUUAGAGACCCCAAGGUCAGGGUUUAGCUUCAGCUCUCACCUAUCCGUUUUGAAUUAAUUGCUACUUGCUAGUCCCUCUUGAUUGUCGCUAAAAAGUGAUGACCUUUGGGCAAGGAUUUAAGGGCACAUUACCUUUCAUAAUUCAUCAUGGAGAUUCAGAAUUGUGGCAGGCCAAUUGAUUCUUUGUUAGAGAAAGUUCUUUGUAUGAAUAUUCUGUCCUCUGAUUACUUCAAGGAGCUCUACCGAUUAAAAACAUACCAUGAAGUCAUUGACGAGAUUUACAAUCAAGUUGAUCAUGUGGAGCCAUGGAUGACAGGGAAUUGUCGUGGUCCUUCUACUUCCUUCUGUCUUCUUUACAAAUUUUUUACCAUGAAGCUCACUGUCAAGCAAAUGCAUGGGCUGUUGAAACACCCCGAUUCUCCUUACAUAAGAGCGGUUGGAUUUCUCUACUUAAGAUAUUUUGCUGAUCCUAAGACAUUGUGGAACUGGUUUGAGCCAUAUGUCAAAGAUGAAGAGGAAUUUUCUCCAGGAUCUAAUGGACGAAUGACCACAAUGGGUGUAUAUAUCCGUGAUUUACUUCUUGGACAGUAUUACUUCGACACCCUGUUUCCACGUAUCCCCGUUCCUGUACUGAGGCAAGUUGUGGCUAAUCUUGAGAAGCUGAAGCUUCCCACCACACAUUCUGGUUCAACAGGGGAAUCCACCCGUCGUGGUUCUGAUGAUACUGCCCGCCGGCCACCUUCUGUGAAAGCAUCCCUUUCGGUCUCAUUUGGUCAGCGUGCUCCACAUCGUGCCUCAACUAGGGACUCAUCACCAAUUCGCCGCACUGUAUCUCACCAUGAAAGAAAUGGCAGUGAUGAUCCACGGAGAUCUCCAAGAAGAAGCAGUCACAUCCAGAGCCGUGAAUAUUCUGACAAGGAUUGGGACCGAGAAAGGGAAACGUCAGGAGAUCAGUCCCGAGCCAGGGACAGGGAUCGAAAUCAUUACAGGGGCAGGGACAGGGACCGUAAAUCAGAGAAGGGCAGAGACAGAGACUUCGAGAGAGAUCGUGAAACAUACAGGGACAGGGACAGGGAUUCGGAAAGAGAUAGAAGAGAUAGGGAAAGAGAUCGAGAGCAUAAUUAUGAUCAUGAUAAGAGGUCCAGGUAUACAGAGAGAGGACACAAUGAUAGGAGGCACUAUCGUAGUAGGAGCAGGAGUCCAAGUAGAAGCAGAAGUCAAAGCUUGCAAAAUGGUGCUCCUCAGUUUGAAUCUGGGAGUAAGGAGAAGCCAUCUACAUCAGCCAAUCUGGCUAAGCUUAAGGAUAUCUAUGGUGAUAUGAACAAUGGUAAAGCAGAUGCCAACAUGGAAAGAGUUCGUAGGAGGGUUAAUGAUGACGAAGAGGUUAUUAGACUUGGUGGUUCUACUUGGAAGUAUUGAAUUGAAUGAUUUCAUUGUUGAAUGUUGGAUGACCUGGCUUCUCUGAACUGGACGGACUGAAUCUCUCUUUCGGUUCCUGCCUCGACGAAAAUUAUAUAUUCAGAAAUUCAAUCUAAUCUAUCUAUAUCUACAUUAUUACAGUGAGAUAAUGUAUACUAGAAUUUUAUUUAUGAAUUUUCUGAUACAUAACACUUUAUGCUUUGCUGGCAGAAAGCUUUCUUUGGAGUCUGAGACUAACAUGCUUUCAUUUA